CAUUUUUCUUAGAAAACUCUUUUCAGACUGCCAACAUUUUCUUGUUUGAAAGUGAGAACCAUGCGGCAAGUGAAUAUAAAUGUGGCCACUGCAGCUUCUAAGGAUGGUUGUGGUAAAGCAAAGAAGAAUAGAAAUGAAAAUGAAACGCUCUCCCUACUGCUUCUGCUGCAGUUUUGCCCUUUUGCUUCUUGUGAGCUUCUUGAAGGACAGACAUUUUUGCUCUGCUGAUCCAACUGAUGGGUUCACUGAGGUGCCAUUAACAGAGGACAACUUUGUCAUACAGAAACCUUAUGACAAACCCUUGAACGAUCGUUACUCUUACAAAAAUGGAAUUCGACGUUUAUGGGUUUAUGAAAAUGAUAAGCCCUUCAAAGUUGGCAGCCCCACCAGGCCCCGAACCGAAAUUCGCAUCAAGGGACAUGACUACUCAUCUGGAGUUUGGCAAUUCGAAGGCCAAGUGCAUGUUCCAGAAGGGACUUCUGGCGUUACAGUAAUGCAGGUAUUUGGCGCAGUUAAGAAAGCCACGGCUCUGCAACUUAGGGUUUACAAUGGGGACUUGAAGUCCUACAAGUCCAACUCUGUUGCCACAGACAUCUACAAUAAGUGGUUAAGGGUUAAUGUGAUCCAUAAAGUAGGAAAAGGAGAAAUAACAGUUUUCAUCAACGGUCAACAGAAACUGGUGGUCAAUGAUGACGGACCGGCGGAGCAUUAUUUCAAGUGCGGGGUGUAUGCAGCGCCUGAUGGUUCAAGCAACUACAUGGAAUCAAGGUGGAAAAACAUCAAGCUUUACAAAAGUGACAAUAAACUUGGAGGCUGUAAUAAUAAUCAUGGAACUUGGCUAGUUCAAUAAUUGACAUGUUUCAACAUAUCAUCUCACUAGCUUUGUUUUCUUUCUAUCAUGUGAUAUUUAGCAGUUUAUGAUGCUGCCUGAUAAAAGAAAAAGCUGCCUUGUGGGUUAUGCAACUGUUAUCCUUCCAAUAAAAACAAUCUUUGCCUAA